GUUAAAACUAAAAAAAGCCUCUCGUGUCAGAGCUGUGAAAACGUGAACCCGUCCCCUGUUCCGCAGUUCACAAAUCCCACCGAAGGCCAAAACACACCGCUUCAAUCGAAGUCCAGUUGGGGAAUUGUUAGUAUUAGGGUUCAUGAACUAGGGAUUUUGCUGUUUGCUGGUAGAUCAUGGUCGGAAUGAUGCAAACGAUUUCGAGGGAGAAGUUUGCUAACCUCAUUGACUCCGCCAAGUUCUCCACUGAUGUUCCUUCGAAGCUCGAGACCUUACGUAGAUUAAAAGAUAAGUUUUCUGGCGCAGAAGACCCUCACUUGGUCAUGGAGUUCCUUCCCCAACUUCUUGAUCUCCACACAGACCGCUGCAGUCCCGUUCGCAGAUACGUUGCAGAGAUUGCUGGUGAUGUUGGGUUGAAUUAUACUGAUUUAUUACCUGAAGUUGUACCUUUAUUGAUAACUCUCUUAAGAGAUGGCACACCAGCAGUUGCUAGACAAGCAAUCACAUGUGGAAUCAGUUUAUUCCAACGAGCUCUUACCAAAAUGGCAAUUCAGGGUUUGUAUUCAAGUGAGUUGGAUGAUUCUCUUGAGUCAUCAUGGGCAUGGGUGUUGAAGCUUAAAGAUGAAAUAUAUUCAAUGGCAUACAAGCCGGAAAGUGAUGGAAGAAAGUUGGUUGCACUUAAGUUCAUUGAAGCAGUAACUCUUCUAUAUACAGCUGAUCCAAGUGCCUCUUCUGAACCACCUGAAGAUCAAACUUCUGGAGAGAUGCCAGAUGAAUUUAACAUAGCAUGGCUUCGUGGAGGGCAUCCCAUACUUAAUGUUAGUGAUUUAUCAAUUGAAGCAAGUAGGAACUUAGGUUUGUUGCUUGAUCAGCUAAGAUAUCCAGCUGUGAAGUCACUCAGCAAUAUGGUGGUGAUUGUUCUAAUCAAAAGUCUUUCAGCAAUUGCAAAGAAAAGACCUUCAUUUUAUGGUCGAAUUCUUCCAGUUUUACUUGGUUUGGAUCCAUCAAGCACUGCUGUUAAACCAGGACAUGUGUCGGGGGUUCAUCAUGCUUUAAAAAAUGCUUUCCUCUCCUGUUUGAAAUGCACUCAUCCAGGGGCUGUUCCGUGGAGGGAUCGUUUAGUUGGAUCACUUAGAGAAAUGAAAGCUGGAGGAUUGGCUGAAGAAGCCCUUCAACAACUUUCUGUGGCUAAUUCAGUAAUUGCACAGGAUAUAAAACCCUCAACAGAAAUAUCUGCAGUGAGGAAAAGGCCUGAAGUACAAGAUGUUAAUGAUCUGAAUAAAGAUGAUGCAUGUGGAAAACGUGCCAGGUCAACACCUAAUUUGACCGAGGAACCUACACAAGGCUCAAAGGGCGAUAACGGAAAUUCAAAAAAGAAUGUAGACAAUGGACCUGUGCAGCAGCUUGUGACUAUGUUUAGAUCAUUGGUUGCACAGGGUGAACAAUCUGCUGCAAUGUUGGAAAUUCUUAUCAGUAGUUUAUCUGCUGAUUUACUAGCUCAAGUAGUCAUGGCCAAUAUGCCAAAUCUUCCUUCAAUUCGCCCUACACAAGAAGGAAAGGAAGAUAUUCUCAACAGUGGGUCCCAUCUGUCUACAUAUUUGGCAGAAAUAAUUUCACGCUCCAAUAACUCUCAAAUCACUCAAUCUGCAACCGAUAUGCACCCUGAUGAGCCACAGAAGCCUGAAGUGGAAGUUGAACACCCUGCAGCAAAAGAUGCUGACAUGGCACAUUCUGUUACUGAGCAAGAAGACGUGGUCCCCACAGGCCCACUCUUUUCUGUUGAUAUACCAUCUAUAAAAACUGUUACUUCAGUAAUUCCAUUAGAAGAUACUGAUAUAGGAGAACUUGAAGAUGGUAUACCUGGUCUAGAUUCUUCCACCCGGGAUGAUGACAUGCCUGAAAUCCAAGUCGACACCUCAUUGGUUUCUGCUGACAUGGAAGAAGACACUCAAGAACAAAUCACGAAUAUUGCCAGGUCAUCAAUGGAUAUAGACAUAGCUCCUUCAAUGUCUACAGAUAAGUCUGAGGAACUUAGUCCAAAAGCAGCUAUGGCAGAUGCAAACAACAUCAAUUCAUCAACAGCAACUUCUGUUCAGUUAACAUCUAAAGUGGUUUUGCCUAAAAUGUCUGCACCUGUUAUCAGCCUUACAGAUGAACAAAAGGAUCUUGUACAGAAAUCGGCUUUUAUUCGCAUCAUUGAAGCUUAUAAGCUUAUAGCAGUUGCUGGAGGCUCACAGCUUCGCUUUUCCUUACUUUCCUUUUUAGGAGUUGAGUUUCCUUUGGAGUUGGAUGCUUGGAGACUUCUACAAACACACAUACUUUCAGAUUAUACAAGUCAUGAGGGUCACGAGUUAACGUUACGUGUCCUCUAUAGACUCUUUGGAGAAGCAGAAGCAGAAAAUGACUUCUUUUCUUCAACAACUGCAACUUCUGUAUAUGAAAUGUUUCUUCUGAAAGUGGCAGAAACACUGAGAGAUUCUUUUCCAUCCAGUGACAAAUCUUUAAGUAGAUUGCUGAGUGAAGUUCCUUACCUACCAAAGUCAGUUCUUAAGUUGUUGGAAUGUUUAUGUGUUCCUGGAAACAGUGAACAAAAUGAGGAGAUACACAGUGGAGAUCGAGUGCAUCAAGGUCUCAGUAUUGUUUGGAGUUUAAUUCUUCUCAGACCUCCCACUAGAGAUGUCUGUUUAAAAAUUGCCUUACAGAGUGCAGUGCACCACUUGGAGGAAGUGCGAAUGAAAGCCAUUCGUCUGGUGGCAAACAAGCUUUAUCCUAUAUCGUCCAUUUCUUUGCAAAUUGAAGAUUUUGCAAAGGAAAUGCUGUUAUCAGCAAUGAAUGAUGAUGCUGAAUUAACAAAGGACACUGAGAUGGAAAAACCUUUGACCGAAAGUCAACCAUCAUCAGUUAAUGCCAUGAUCACAAAGGAUAGUGUCUCUGAGGUGGGCCAGCCAUGUACAUCUGAAAGCAUUCAGACCACUUCAAUAACCGAUGCACAGCGAUGCAUGUCUCUCUAUUUUGCCCUUUGUACAAAGAAACAUUCUCUUUUUCGUCAGCUGUUGAUUGUUUACAAGAAUAUGUCAAAAGCAGCAAAGCAGGCAAUUUGUGUCCAAAUCCCAAAACUAGUUCGCACAAUUGGUGCAUCACCUCAGCUUCUUGAAAUCAUUUCAGAUCCACCUGCUGGAAGCGAGAUCCUUCUAAUGCAGGUUGUGCAAACACUAACAGAUGGGGCAAUUCCUUCACCUGACUUGAUAGCUACCAUUAAGAAGUUAUAUGACACAAAACUUAAGGAUGCAGAGAUUCUUAUUCCGAUAUUACCCUUCCUACCGAAACAUGAGCUUCUUCAGAUAUUUCCCUGUUUUGUAAAUCUUCCACCAGAUAAAUUCCAGGCUGCACUUACACGUACCUUGCAGGAAUCAUCUCAAGGUGGCCAAGCUCCAGUUCUUACUCCAACUGAAGUACUAAUUGGUAUCCAUGGCAUCGAUCCUGAGAGAGAUGGAAUUCCCUUAAAGAAGGUUACAGAUGCAUGCAACACUUGCUUUCAGCAACGACAGAUAUUUACCCAACAAGUUCUAGCAAAAGUUUUAAACCAAUUGGUUGAGCAGACUCCUCUCCCAAUGCUGUUCAUGCGAACAGUGAUCCAGACCAUUGGUGCAUUUCCCUCUCUGGUGGAUUUUAUUAUGGAGAUUCUAUCUCGCCUUGUCACAAAGCAGAUAUGGAAGAAUCCAAAGCUGUGGGUAGGAUUCUUGAAAUGUGCUCAGCUAACAAAACCUCAAUCUUUCGGGGUUCUACUUCAGCUUCCUCCCGCACAGCUGGAAAUAGCAUUGAAUAAACAGCCUGUACUCAAGGCUCCCUUGGUUGCCUACGCGAGUCAACCAGACUUAAGAUCUUCACUUCCAAGAUCCGUUCUGGUGGUUCUUGGGAUUGCACAAGAUUCUCAAAGUUCACAAUCACAAUCACAGACGCAGUCUCAGGCACAGACGGUAGAUACAGAUACAGGCAAUUCAGAUAAAGUAGUGGCUGAUGAACCCAAGGAAUCUACUAACAGCUGA